CCAACACUAUGCGCUAAGUCGAUUGUCUUGCAAAUCGGAAGACGCGCAAACUUGAAAAAUCACAAGAAGCCACCGAAAAAUGGAUAAAUAUCCGCAAGUCAGAGAAUUUCUCGGUCUAGAGGGCAAAACUGCUGAAAUAAUGUCGCAGUUCGAAGAGGAGAUAAAAAAAAAAACAAAAGUGCUCGCCGAAGAGGAGGAGAUUCGCUCAAAAUUGGUAGAGCUAACGCUGGACGUAAGUCUGGCCAAGCAGGGAGCCGAAAAUGUGAAGGAGAUAAACGAGGAUAUGGCGGAGGCGGAGAGCAUGACAUAUGACUGCCUGUUCCAGGUCAUGCAAAUCGAGCGUCUGUUGGAGCAGGCCGAUCUGCAGGACAUCCUGCGCUACACCGUCCAGCGCGAGGAGCAGCAGACCCAGCGCCAAAUGGCACUCGAGGAGGAGCUGGAAGCCGAGGAGGAGCAGCAGAUGGCCAUCCUCAAAUCACGCGAUGUUGUCCAGGAAUUUCGCGUGGUGCAGGCGGUUCUAAAAGAAGAGGAGAAGAUGCUUACCACAUUAACACAUGAAUUAGACGAGUUAAACAGCCAGUAUGAAACUACAAUAAACGAUUUAACAGAUAAACGUAACAAGGAGAUAGUCGCCAUAAUACAGAUCAGCAAGCAAAUAGGCGAAAUGGAAGCACAGUUAAAAUCAAAAGAUAUCAGUGCAAUGCCUGCUCAGAGCCACAUCAAAGAAAAGAAUGUCGUUACCGAGAAUGAAACCAACAUCGUUAGCCCACAGAAAACAGAAAAGCCAUCAAACAGCAGCAGCUUAUCAUUUCAGUCGGCUAAUGAUUUUCUGAAAAAUUUUCUGGAGGAUGAUAAUCAGCAGGUGAAGAUGCCCUUGCAAUCAAUUUUGGCUAAUCGCGAUAAGGAGAAGAGUGUUAUCUCUUUUUACUCGCGAUUAAAACAUGUGCAAUUUGCCCCUGAUCCGCUACUAACCGAUAUUGUGGAGUUUGAAAAAGAAGAGGAGGUUUCGGGAUCAGCUGAAGAACUAGUGGAGGCAUCUGAUAUGGAAUUUGAAGAAGAAUCAGAAGAGGAAAUGGAGUUAUCAGACGCAAAACUUGAUGAAGGCCAACCAGAAGACGGAUUGGAAAAGGAAGAGGAGGAAUCAGACGAAGAACUUGAUGAGGAGCAACCAGAAGAUGGUUCACUGGAGGAAUCCGACGAUGAAUUUAAUGAGGAGCAGCCAGCCGACGGUUCAGAGAAUGAAUGGAUGGAAUCAGACGAAGAAAUUGAAGACGGGCAACUAAAAGAGGGUUCAGAGAACGAAAUGGAGCAAUCAGACGAUGAAUUGAAUGAGGAGCAGCCAGCAGACGGUUCAGAAAACGAAAUGCUGGAACUGGAGGAAUCAGACGAAAACCUUUAUGAGGUGCAGCCAGAAGACGGUUCAGAGAACGAAAUAGAGGAAUCAGAUGAAGAAUUUAAUCGGCACAACCCAGAAGACGGUGCACAGAACGAAAUGGAAGGAUCACAGAAAGAAUUUGAUGAGAAACCAAAGAAGUCGGAACCAAAAGUGCAGAAAUCAGACAAAUUAAAGUUGGAUAUAGACGAUUCUGAACAGAAAUCACAAUCCGAAAAUAUGGAAUUUGAAUCGGACGAUGACGCAUCUGGCGAACAGGAAUCAAGCGAGGAGGAGGUUACUGAUCAGGGGGCCAAAAAAAUGUUUGGGAAGGCAGAGCUCAAGCAAAAGGAGCAGAAAAUGAAUGAAACAACAACAGCUAAAAAUACAAAUUCUGAGGCCAGCGAAAACUUGCCCAGCACUUCCACCGGCAUUCGCAACCGCUAUUUGUCUAGUCAGUUGUCAAGCAAUGCCGCAGAUGUCGUGGAGACUGAACUACUGCCGAAGCGGCUUAAAUUGGACGGGGAGUUCCCCAUGGCCCAACAUCAUCCAUCCAAUGACAACCACUCUCCACAAUUCGCCUCUCCCAAUAGUGAUAUCAACGAUGAUUUCCUGCUAAACUUUAGCGAUUAUAAUGCUUCGCUUACUGGCGCUUCUUCCUCUUACUUUUUGUAAUAAGUCAAUACUUGGAUAAACAAAUUAGUUAAAAGCGGGAGCUAUAAAAACUCUGUUAGAAUAUCA